AGCUCCCCUUCCCCGGAAGGCCGAGCUGAAAAUCCGGAAAAAGGAUCGGGAAACUCCAACAGGCACAUUGCGCUUGCGCACGGAGAGCCGGAAGUCAGGGGAGUGGCGGCGGUGUCUCUGCUUCCGUUUCUGAUUUUGCUCCAGUGUUUGGGUGUUCUUCGCGGCUGUCCAAGAUGAACCGGUUCUUCGGAAAAGCGAAACCCAAGGCUCCGCCGCCCAACCUGACUGACUGCAUUGGCACGGUGGACAGCAGAGCAGAAUCUAUUGACAAGAAGAUCUCUCGACUGGAUGCUGAGCUAGUGAAGUAUAAGGAUCAGAUCAAGAAGAUGAGAGAGAGUCCUGCAAAGAAUAUGGUCAAGCAGAAAGCCUUACGGGUUUUAAAGCAAAAGCGGAUGUAUGAGCAGCAGCGGGACAAUCUCGCCCAGCAGUCAUUUAACAUGGAACAAGCCAAUUACACCAUCCAGUCAUUGAAGGACACCAAGACCACGGUUGAUGCUAUGAAACUGGGAGUAAAGGAAAUGAAGAAAGCGUACAAGCAAGUGAAAAUUGACCAGAUCGAGGAUUUACAAGACCAGCUAGAAGAUAUGAUGGAAGACGCAAACGAAAUCCAAGAAGCACUGAGUCGUAGUUAUGGCACCCCAGAGUUAGAUGAAGAUGACCUAGAAGCAGAGUUGGAUGCACUGGGUGAUGAGCUUCUGGCUGAUGAAGAUAGUUCUUACUUGGAUGAAGCAGCAUCUGCACCUGCAAUUCCAGAAGGUGUUCCCACUGACACAAAGAAUAAGGAUGGAGUUCUGGUGGAUGAAUUUGGAUUGCCACAGAUCCCUGCUUCAUAGACUUAUAGACUUCAUAGACUUACCAUUUAAGUAUAUCAUGUAAAAUAAACACAUAUUCUGGGACUAGGAAAUAUUUAUCUUUCCAAAUUUGCCAUAACAGAUUAUGAUUUUUCUCCUUUCUUUGAAGGAAAAGUUAAUUACAUUGCUAUUUUUUUCCGUUAAGAAACUCACAUUUAGGGAAUGCUUUCUUUGUACUAGAUUUUUAUUCCUUUUCCCUUUUAAAAAGACUGACUUACUUAAAAGUAUCAGUGACUAUGUAUGAUUUCAUUUCUCAGUAACAAUUUGAAAUAAAACCAAGGAAAUUAGACUCUUUAGAUUUUAUGAUAGUAUAACUCCACAAUCUCAAAUCGAUCUGAUAAAUUGGUAAGGCAGAUGGGAUUAUUGGGACUGUUCAUAUUAUGAUUCAAAAUCAUUUUCUAUAGUGGUAUUAUAGGUUGGUUAAAGUGAUGGCCUUUUUUGAUGAGUUUUGUUGUGUCUUGUGUCUUGUGAGUAAAUCAUUACUGUGUCCAAUAGUGGAAUGGAAUUAUUACUAUGUUAUGAGUGGAUAUUUUGAUUCUAUGGUUCCCUCAGUAUUACAGCCUGACUUGUAAUCAAUAAUGAAUAUUUCUUGAUAUUUAAUGUAUAAGACAUUUAUUUAUAUUCAAUAAAUAUUUUUCAAAAGGAUAUAACUUUA